UACGACGUGGACGUCAAGGUUGCCUCUGGAAGAGUGCGCCGCCAUGUUGAGUAGAAACAAAAGCAAAGUGUCUUCAGCUUUCUAAACCCAGAAUACGCAUAGCUGGUAUAUCAAAAAAGGAAAACAUGAGCGGGGUGUUUUGGGGGGUAUAGACUUUUUUUCCUACUGGAGAUACCAUGCCAUUUCCUGUUGCAAACCAAGUUCAAGCAGCACAGCAACAGCCUAAGCACUAUGGGAUCACAUCCCCCAUCAGCCUGGCCCUGCCGAAGGACUCUGAUGUGGAACUCACGCGAAAGUUGUGUGAGGCCCUCAAGCCGUACGGCGUGUUUGAAGAAGAGCUUGAGCUGCAGCGCAGAAUUCUGGUUCUUGGGAAAUUAAACACUCUUGUUAAGGAAUGGAUCAGAGAAAUCAGUGAAAAGAAGAAUCUGCCAGCAUCCUUAAUAGAAAAUGUUGGUGGAAAGAUAUUCACAUUUGGAUCAUACAGGCUAGGAGUUCAUACAAAAGGUGCUGACAUUGAUGCCCUCUGUGUUGCCCCACGCCAUGUGGAUCGUUCGGACUUCUUCACUUCUUUUUACGAGAAAUUGAAAGAGCAGGAGGAGGUUAAGGACUUGAGGGCUGUGGAAGAAGCAUUUGUUCCCGUAAUAAAAUUGUCUUUUGAUGGCAUUGAGAUUGAUAUCCUGUUUGCCCGGUUAGCUCUACAAACAAUUCCUGAAUCCCUGGACCUCCGAGAUGAUGGUUUACUGAAGAAUUUAGACAUACGUUGUAUUCGAAGUCUUAAUGGCUGCAGGGUCACAGAUGAAAUCCUGCACCUGGUGCCCAACAUUGAGAACUUCAGACUAACGCUGCGGGCCAUAAAGUUGUGGGCAAAGCGUCACAAUAUUUACUCCAACAUUCUUGGCUUCCUGGGUGGUGUGUCCUGGGCGAUGCUGGUUGCUCGUACCUGCCAGCUGUAUCCCAACGCCGUGGCCUCCACACUGGUGCACAAGUUUUUUCUGGUCUUCUCCAAGUGGGAGUGGCCUAAUCCAGUUCUGCUGAAGCAACCUGAGGAGUGCAACCUCAACCUCCAAGUCUGGGACCCGAGGGUGACUCCCAGUGACCGCUACCAUUUGAUGCCAAUCAUCACUCCAGCCUACCCCCAGCAGAAUUCGACGUACAAUGUGUCAGCAUCUACCCGCACAGUUAUGAUCGAGGAAUUCAAACAGGGUCUUGCCAUCACAGAUGAAAUUAUGCUGAAUAAAGCAGACUGGUCCAAACUAUUUGAAGCACCAAACUUCUUUCAGAAAUACAAGCAUUAUAUAGUGUUGCUAGCAAGUGCACCGACUGAGAAACUGCACUUGGAGUGGGUUGGCUUGGUUGAGUCAAAAAUUCGAAUUUUGGUCGGAAACCUCGAAAAAAAUGACUUCAUCACUCUCGCCCACGUGAAUCCGCAGUCAUUUCCUGGCCCCAAGAAUGGCACAGAAAAGGAAGAAUUCAGCACUAUGUGGGUGAUAGGGAUCGUUUUUAAGAAGAUGGAGGGGUCAGAGAACCUCAACGUUGAUCUGACGUACGACAUCCAGUCAUUCACAGACACAGUCUACAGGCAGGCGAUCAGCAGUAAGAUGUUUGAACCUGACAUGAAGAUCACAGCUAUGCAUGUGAAGAGAAAGCAGCUGCACCAGCUGUUGCCAAACUUUGUUAUUCAAAAACGGAGAAAGCACUCCACAGAUGGGGUACGCUUUAUAACAGACACCAGCUUGGAUCUAUCCCUGGAUGGCGACAGCAGCAUGUCUGUGCCCUCUCCCACAGCCCUGUCAAAGACCUGCACCUUUAUUGGCACUGCCAGUCCGCCAGGGCAUAGUCCUCCUGCUCUUCUGACUGCCGCCCAUGACACUCUGGCCACUGGGGAAACUGCUGGAGGAGUCCCGGAGUGCUCUAGGCCAGCACCAGUGUCAGCUGCAGCAUCAGCCAUGCCCAAACACACUCCAAGUCGGACGCUACCGUACACAUGUGUUAGCCACACCUCUUCGCCCAGCAGACCUCACCCAGAGAAGAGGACUGCUUCCCCUCAGCUCAGUGAUGCAGGCAAGAGGCUCAAAGGCGAUGAGGGUGAAAGAAUGGACAUGGCAGAGUGUGGAGACAACAACAAGGUGAAGAGCAGUCUCAGGUUGAUGGAACAAAAUAGUUUUGAGGAAAGGGUUUCCCAGAGUGAUGUGAAGAUGGAUGUCGAAAGUAAGGAGCUGUGUAAAGAGGAAAAUGCUGCCUCUCAAAUCACUGUUGCACAGAGAAUGUCCAAUACAGACCUCUCAGAGGGACCCCCUCUACCAGCCAAUCCCAUUCCAGUGGUGAAGAACUCCAUUAAGCUGCGCCUCAGCAGGUAGAACAUGAGCACAGUUCCCCCAAAGGCCCCUGGGAACACAGACCAAGCUGCUUCAGAGAACGGUGGCAGCGGCAGGCGCUGCGUCUGCACACAGGGACCUUUUGGUGCAGGGUCCACUCUCGCCCAUAAAGGGGCAGCCCAUACUCUGCAAGUCUAAAUGGUGUUACCUCUAUACCAGUAGUCCCACUGCUCAGUAAUAAUGCACAAUUUUGAUGUCAUAUCCUCAAAUCAGUGAUGUAUGUAUGCAGAAGUCCCUCCCAAAAUGUUCAUAUUAGAUACUAAUGGUGGCUACAUUGUAUGGUCAUGAUUUUUUUUUUUUUUCCCCAUCCCAAAAGUGAGUCAUCUUGUGCAGUGUUUAAAAACACUAAUCUCUGUAGACACUUGACACCCUUUAAUUAUCACUGUCUUUUUGUAUAAAGUUGUUCCAUCGGAUUAUAAUGAUGGGUAAUGAAUGACUGGAGUAACUGGUAAGUAGAAAAUCUCAAAUUGGAUAAAACACCUUCAUUACAAACAGGUCAGCUUGAGAAUAUAUCCAUUUUAGUGAACAUGCUUUUUGUCCUUUGAUUUCUUGGGGAGAUGUGAUAUUAUUGAGUGAUGGAAAGGGGAGUUCUCCCUCAAAAUUCUCAUAUUAUUCCAGACAAUAAUUGUACUGACUUGGAACAUUGACUCAGUUUAGGGAUCUUUCUCACAUUCAUAUAAUUGCAGUAUACCUCAAGCUUUCUCAUG